AUGGUCGAAUGUUGGCCGUUGUGCGUUUUGAACGCAGUGCUGGCCUACUUCUCAGCUGCGUACUUAAUAAACCUCUGCUCGAAGAGAAAGGACAAGCAACAGCAAAGUUCCGGAUCCAGGGAUUCUAAACAACCGUACGUUCCACCGCCCCAAGCACCCAAGCCUCCGGCGGUACAAGGAGUGGCAGGCACAUACGAUCCGAACUAUCAGACCUUGGCCAAUAUCCAAGGUGAUGUUUUCGGGGCCGACAAAAAGGCUGCUCCAGCUCCCGCCAUCAAAGCAGGAGGACCUGGAAUGGCAGUUGAGAAAUCGGUGUAA